AACCCAAACAAGUCAUCAAGACUUCCAUUUUUCGAUUCCAGAAAACCAACGAACGAAAAUUCAGCUGAAAACCCUUCGAAUUAGGGUUUCUUUCCAUCCCGAAAUCUUUGCAACAAUGCGGAAGGGAAGAAACUAUUUGGGUCGACAUCACCACGGGAAGAGAUCGUCGACGGUGGCGUUAGUUCUAUCAAUGCUUUUAAUGCUGACAAUAGUUUUACUGGUACUUCUUGCUCUAGGGAUCUUUUCACUCCCGAUCGGUUCCGACGACGGUUCUUCUUCUUACCUUCGAGAUCACAUCAUCUUCAAACGGAAACGAUUUCUUAUUGGUGAUGGUGAUGAGAUGGGAAAGAGAGGAGAUCAGUGGACUGAGAUUCUCUCUUGGGAGCCUAGAGCCUUUGUUUAUCACAAUUUCUUGUCAAAGGAAGAGUGUGAGUAUUUGAUAAAUCUUGCCAAGCCUCACAUGGCAAAGUCAACAGUUGUUGAUAGUAAGACUGGUCAAAGCAAAGAUAGCAGGGUACGUACAAGCUCAGGAACAUUUUUGAGAAGGGGAAGAGAUAAAAUUAUAAGAAACAUUGAACAAAGAAUAGCAGACUUCACAUUUAUCCCUGUAGAGCAUGGAGAAGGGCUACAAGUUCUUCAUUAUGAAGAAGGACAAAAGUAUGAGCCUCACUUUGACUACUUUCUUGAUGAAUUCAACACUAAAAACGGUGGCCAAAGAAUAGCUACAGUUCUUAUGUAUCUGUCAGAUGUGGAGGAAGGGGGAGAAACGGUUUUCCCAGUUGCACAGGGAAAUUUCAGCUCACACCCUGAGUGGAAUAAUUUAUCUGAAUGUGCUAAAAAGGGUGUGCAUGUGAAACCAAAAAUGGGUGAUGCAUUGCUUUUUUGGAGCAUGAGGCCUGAUGCCACGUUGGAUCCCACUAGUUUGCAUGGUGGUUGUCCUUUUCUCAAAAGUAAGUAAAUGGAAGAUGUGGUGGUGGUGGUGUAUAGAGAUGGGUUGGUGGUGGUAAGUUAUAGUUGCGGAAAAUUAAACCGACCUUUGUGUUGCAAAGAAGAUGAGUAUAAUAGUUACGGGAAACUGAUAGAUAAUAGAUAACAGAUAACCAUGAUCAUUUAUGAGAGUAGCAAAAUCCUAGCUAUUUGUUAUUUAUUAUUAUUUUUUAUGUUUCAUGGCGAGUACUUAAUUUUUUGACACGAUGU